AUGUCAGAACAAUCCCGGCUCUCGGUUUCACCUCAAGCGCACGUCCCUAGCAAUCCUUCCAGCCCUGCAAGUCUCCGCCAUCGUGGUCCGGCUCGUGCCGCGACUCUUGCAGAAGGGUCAAACAUAGAGAAUCUGCGUCGCAACUCCACCUUGUCCGACUCGGUGUCUGACGCCCGUCAUUCACUUCGGUCCUCCACCGACGACUUGUUUCUACCACGUGUAGUCAAGCGUAACGAUGCUGAUCUACCAGAGGACGAGUCAUAUUGGCAAUCAACACCCCUCGGCCUUGCUCUGUUGCCCGCUAUUGCGGGUGUCUUCUUCAAGAAUGGAAGCGCAGUCAUUACCGACAUCACCCUGCUGAUCUUAGCGGCCAUCUUCUUGAAUUGGUCUGUCAGGUUACCUUGGGAUUGGUAUCGCUCUGCCCAGGAAAUCAGGCAAGACAAGUAUUGUGACACAACCGACAACCCGUCGGGGUUGGGCAACAGUGAUAACCAAGAGAACCUGGAUGAUUCCAACCCGUCCACCGAAGACAAGAAAGAACACCCGCGAGUUUCUGCUGCAGCCAGCGCAGCCAGCGAAGAACUGUAUAUACACGAAUUGGUUGCUCUUGCGUCUUGCUUCAUUUUCCCCAUCAUCGGAACAUGGCUCCUGCAUGCUGUCAGGUCCAAUUUAUCUCGCCCAUCAGAAGGUCUAGUCUCAAACUACAACUUGACCAUUUUUCUGCUGGCAUCGGAAAUCCGACCUUUCUCCCAUCUCCUUAAAAUGGUGCAAGCGCGAACGCUCCAUCUGCAACGGAUAGUCGCAUCUUCUUCUGACGAAGACGACAAGAUAGAUUCCAGCAAGGUACUCGAUCUCACCAAACGACUCGAAGAGCUUGAGGCGCAUGUCGCCGAAACUGCCGCAGCGCGGUUCUCAUCCGAAUCAUCAACCCAAAAUCAGUCAUCACAAGAACAGGACAAUCUGGUCUCUCAAACGAGCGCCGAAGUUCGAAAAAGUAUACACCCUGAGAUUGAAGCCUUGAACCGCGCAGUUAGGCGAUAUGAGAAGUGCACAGCCAUCACCACCUACCAAACAGAUUCCAGACUCCGUGACCUGGAGAUUCAACUGCGAGAUGCCAUUUCCCUGGCUGCCGCGGCACAGCGCUCCAGCACACAACGAAGCCGCGGGUUUUCAUUCAUAUUGCUGGACUGGGUUUAUGCUCUCCUCAUGGUCCCCACGCAAAUUCUCAUUUCUCUGGCAAUUUUUCCGGUUCGAACAGCCUCCCGGUUUUUGAAUUAUUUCAAGGGCAUGUUGUUUCAUACACCAUCUGAAAUGAAGCCUAGCAAAGGCAAAUCAUCUCAAUCCCGGAACCCGCAGUCAUCACGACGGGUGCAGAAAGUCCCUGCAGACCUCAGAAGACCGACUCGGGAAUAUAGUAAUUAA